AUGUCCUUGGCGGACGAGCUUCUCGCCGACUUUGACGACCAGUCGGACGGCGAAGAAGAGAAGGAAAUCGAUUCUUUAAACACAACGCUAGACCUUUACGCUAACAAGUCGAAUGGAACUGCGAGUAACAGCCGACAUGGAAUGGGCAUCGACGGGGAUGGGGAGGAUGAAGAGGAUGAGGAGAUGAUGGAUGCAGGGGGGGGAGGGGACGGGGACGACGGUGAAGACGAGACGCAGAUAAAAGCGCGGAUAGAAAAGAUGCAGCUUGGUAAGGUGGACGAUGUCAGGAGUAUCGCGAAGUUGAUGAAGGUCCUUGAGCCGGUUCUAGAGAAAAUCGCGUAUUACCAGUCUCAACCGACGCCAACUUCCAUCAUCGGAUCUGUUGAACAAAAUCCGGAGUACCACCUAAUCGUCGAGUCCAAUAAGCACUCUGUAGAAAUUGAUUCGGAGAUUAUUCUUGUUCACAAGUUUAUCCGCGACCAUUAUUCGCCGAGAUACCCCGAACUCGAAAACUUGGUUACCAAUCCGUUGGAUUACGCCAAAACCGUCGCUGUGAUCAAAAAUGACCUUCAUCUCCAACCUAUGCAGUCACAGCUUCGGGCCGUCUUGGACAGUGCAACUGUCAUGGUGGUGACCGUAGAAGCUACAACAUCGAAGGGAAGGCCGCUGUCCGAUAAGGAGAUAGCGACCGUUGUCAGUGCUUGCGAGAUGACUAUGGCCCUUGACCGAGCAAAACAUACAAUUAUAAACUAUGUCUCCUCGCGAAUGACUUUAUUCGCACCGAACACUUCGGCGAUCAUUGGCUCCACCACGGCUGCCCAGUUGAUUGGAUUUGCUGGCGGUCUGUCCGGGCUCGCAAAAAUGCCUGCCUGCAAUAUUUCAGCCUUGGGGGUUAAGCGUAGGGCCGCAGUCACUCUUGCGUCCAAUGUCGGUAUCAGGCAACAAGGAUUCCUAUACCAUUCGCCGAUCAUUCGACAAAUCCCCAAUGAUCUCAAGAUUAAGGCAAUGCGCAUAGUUUCCAGCAAAAUUGUUCUUGCCGUCCGAGUUGACUUUGCCCAUGAGCACACCGAUGGGUCGAUGGGGAAUACUCUUAAGCAAGAUAUCCUCGAACGUUUAGAUAAACUUACAGAGCCGCCACCAAACAAAGGGCCUAAGGCUUUGCCCGCACCAGACGAUAAACCUGCUCGGAAGCGUGGUGGCAGGAGAGUUAGGAAAGCGAAGGAGGCAACUGCGAUGACGGAUCUCCGCAAACAACAAAACAGACUAGUGUUUGGCGAGGCUGAAAGGGAAGUUUCAUAUGGAGACAGUACGAAGGGAAUGGGAAUGAUUGGAGCGCAAGAUAGCGGGAAAAUUAGAGCAACGAAAGUUGAUCCUAGGACAAGGGCUAAACUUAGCAAGAAUAACCUUGGUUGGGGUACAUCAGCCGGCGGGAACCAAUCGGUCAUCAACCCAUUCAAGAAUACACCUGGUGGUAUGAUGAGUUCGUUUGGUGCGCGCAGUACUGCUAGCGUUAGCGGUACGGCAAGUAGUUUGGCAUUUACACCGGUCCAGGGUAUUGAACUUGUCGACCCGAAAGUCAAAUUGGAGAUGGAACGAAAGCGAAAGGCUGAAUCGGAUAAAUGGUUUCAGAGUGGAACCUUUACACAGGUUGGGGACCAAUCGAAAUUUGGCAACAAGAGGGUCGAUACCGGAGAGGGGAAGACGACGGGCUUAAUGCUACCUCCACCAGCUCCUCUCAAGAAGAAGAUAUAG